AUCAUCAUCCACUGAAGCAGCGGGUGCUCCUCGAGAAGAGCGCGCGUCGAAGCCACGAGCGCAGAGAAGAAGCAGACUGAGCAAUCGACCAGGUCGCCAUGUCUUCCGAGUUUUCCAGGCGCCCAAUGACGACGGCUUCGGACUCGUCGUCCCAAAGCAGCGAUGGCGCUGAAAUCAACGCCAACCAAACCGGCGUGAGGGGUGACGACACGGAUUCCUCGCCGAAGGUCCUGCUCACUGAUGUCGAGCAUCUGCCACAACCGAAGGUGCCGCCCGGCUCGACCGCCGAGAAAGGCACCGUGUCCGCCCUUAAGCGCGGGGUCACAGAUGCCGCCAAAGGUACCGUUAAGCCAGGCGACGCCAUGGCCAUCGUCGCGCCUCGGACGCCUUCUGUCGGGUCGGCCACGAAGCGCUCACUGGACUACAGCACGGAGAGUAUAAAUCGUGCCGUCAGACUUGCGCAGCAGAACCUCGCUAGUGUCUGGCAGCGACCGCCAGACCAGCGAAGCGGCCGUAGAGGGGGCGAGAAACCGGGCUACGACGACGAGGAAGGGAUGGUGGCGACGCCCCCUGGCGGUGGAGGUCGCGGCGCGACGGGACGUGCGAGACCGACGAAGCAUCCUAAAGCUGUUGCCUCACCGGCGAUGCGCGCCCCUGCACCGCCUGCUGUUGUCUCACCACCCGCUGCACAGAUCGGCGGUGUUCGCCCUGGCGCUAAAGAACCGGUCAGGCCGCGACUUCUCUCCGAGAAGGGCCUCGUCAGGGCAGUACCAGCCGAGCACGCGCUGAAAACUGGCACUGCCGUUGAGCACCCAUCUGCACAACCGAUGGCCAGCGGAGCAGAAGUCACUGCGAAACAGCCGCCAGGUUCGGGGAUGACGGACGCCCGCAGGCGAUAUUCCGUCGCCGCAUCUCCGGAAUCUCCUGAACAGCGGAUGCAACCUUCAGGUUGGGUUGCCGGAGCACCUAUGCAACAGCGCAGGCCAUCUUACUUUGCAUCCCGUGAAGACCUUGGACAACGCAGAAAAUCUAUAGUCUCUGAUGCUUUGGCUGCUGGCUCAGGACGGAGACCUUUGUCUGUCGGCUUUCGACGGUCGCUGGAAGACACGUGGAACCGUGACAGCGAUGAAGAGACGUCUUCGUCCUCGCCACCUCUCGAAGACACUGCUACAGCUCCAGUUCUUCCGUUGAUGAGGCGUCCACCGGCAGAUCUCAAGCCACCCACCGAAGCCAAGCGCCCGUCGGUAACUGUAAAGCCGCCCAGCGCAGUUAUGACACCUGUUGCAUUGCCGGCUGCAACAUCGAAGCCGCCGGAAGUGACUGCUGCUGUGACGUCGUCGGCUGAACCGGAAAAGACUGCUGCGGCAGAACAGGUGCCACUGGCACCAUUGGCAGUGUCUGCAACGCCGGCAGCAUUGACAACGCCGGCAGCUUUGGCAACACCGGUAACAUCAGCAACGCCGGCACCACUGGCGCCACCGGUUCCACAAGCACAGCCGCCACCGAGUGCCACCGUUACUAAGCCCCUUGUAGCUCAAAAGCAUGACGCUAAAAAGACUGAAAUCCCUGCACCAAAGAGCACCUGGUGGACAGCGUUGGCGCAUCCUUUCUCUCUGCCGGGAUCGCUAGUCACCAACGAAGAGGCUCCUGUGCCGGCUCAUGCGCGGCGCCACUCCAUGGCUCCCGGCGAGAAUCAGCGCGCGCAGGCUCGCUCCAACGUGAGAAUGAAGCGCGCGCCGCACGUCACAGAGGAGCUGAAGGAUUUUGCCGCACUCUUGGGCGGCGCACUUGGCUUCACUGGAGGAGGGCAGACGGCCGCAGGACCUUCGGCAGCAGGGAACGUCAACAGGGGGGCACCGCAGCACAACGAGAUGAUCGAGGACAUCCUGGAUUACGAGUACGAACCCCGACUGCAACAGACCUUCGAGAGCGAAGGGACUGACCUGGUAGCCCACCGGAGGCGCCGCAAGUUCGGUUGUGUUGGCCUGUGCGGCAGGUGCUUCGUGCUGUUCUUCUUGAUCUCCGCAGCAUGUGGUCUGCUGUUCUUCACUUUCCACCUUGGACGGACCCUUUCCAAGAACUUGGCGACACCGGGCGCGAAGCUGUCCACCACAGGCGCCACCUCGAAAACAACUCCGCCUUUGAGUGUUGUCACCAGCCCUACUUCCACUUCGCCGACAGCAAAGACAACUGAAGCCACCACUACUAGUACCACAACGGUUUUGCCCUCCACAGAGGCACUGUACGACGACCCGGCGGAUCGGGUCACGACCUGCGAACUAAUGAAUUACCCGAAUCCAAAACCAGCUACACCUGUAGUGAACACCACCUACAUGUGGUACAAAGAUAGCAGCAGAACACAGUACCGGAAGCUGCUCUGCGUCAUCGACAGCAGGUACUUCUCGUCAAGGCGCCCGUAUAUUGUGGAACUCCUGCCCACAGCGCAUUGCUCGGAGCUGAUUCUCUACGCCUUGUACGUUAAGAGUGCAAGCAAUUACAAAGUGCACUUUAAGCGUGGCUACGUCGACGUGGACUUCAUCCAAGCGCUCAGAAGGAUAACAAACAAACGCACACAUCGCGGCGAUCCGAUCCGAAUUCACUACACUCUUGGCGGGGCGCACGAAGAUUCGCCUAACUUCGUGGAGAUGCUGGCCAAACACGAACUUCGUAACGGGGUCAUCGAGGACCUGCGCAACGCCAGUAGUCUUAUCGACGGCGUGAACAUCCACUGGGACCGUCCAGGUGGCGCGUGCGACCAGGAGUUCACACCAGCCUAUUUCCGCGCCUUUGUCGAGGCGUUGUACUUGAGGAACAUGAGCCUGAUCCUCACCGUGCCACCAGUGCUAGAGCUGGUGCGCAAGUUCUGGCUCAUCAGCAUAACACGCUACAUGGACUAUGUCAUCGUCACGACGCACAAACUUCGCCGAAAGGGAGUGCUGGACUGCUCUGGAAGGCGAGAGUUUGCGGUGGCUUCGUACCUAGCCAUCCGUGACCACGUCUUGAAAGAGACGGCCAAUCCCUUCCAGGCAGCGAAGGUGGUCUACUCUAUUGCCCUUGGCGCCGACGUGUUCCGGGCGACCCUGCCCCUGAGCUCCCCCCGGCUGCUGGAUGCCGGCACGCCGUCCAGCGUCUUCGACGGCCCCACGGUGCAGACGAACAAGACCAGCUACGACCACGUGUGCCGUAUGCCCAAGAGUCUCUUCGACGGCGACAGCGAGUGCGCCUACGCCAUCCGGCAGCAGAGCACCGGCGGCACCGAGCUCGCCUUGUACGCGGGCCCCGAGGAACUGGCUGUGCGCAUGCGCAAGUCGUACGCCAGCAAGAUGGGCGACACGACGGUUGCCGUGUACGACUUGUUUUUGGACGACUUCGGCGGCAACUGCGCUCAUGCCGGAGGGUCCGCUGCGACCACUUCACCCCUGGUGGUUGCCAUCGCUGAGACGGGGCUGCAAUCGUCACUGUAGCGCAGGAGCUACCGAGGGUUCUAUCGUCGCAGGCCCUCCAAGCUUCUGACGCCAGGGCGGCGUGAUGGCAGAUAUGCGUUUGUGCUUGCAUGCGACGUUUGCCGCAAUCUACACCACUUCAGCGAUCCUUCUUUCAUUUACAUACUUACUCGUUUCAUUAUACCAGCUUCGCUAGAUUACUACAUGACUUCGCUGUUUUAUGGAAUGGGAUUACAAUAAUGGUAAGCGUGACAGGGGAAAAGAUAUUUCUAGGCAAUAUAAUUUUUUUCUUGGCUUUUCAUUCAUAUUGAGUAGCCUUUGGUGUUUCAGUCGAAUAACGGAAAUUAGUGCAGCGAUUCUAAGCCACGAACUGCUAACGCCAGUGCAGAAUGCAAAGAGGACUACUACGUGAAUAAUUCUGAUUGCGCGGACCUGUGUACAGGGCUAAAAAUAUGAAAAUGCGACGUUUUUUUUAAAACUAC